UUAAGUUGUUUUACGUUCUUUCAGGUGCCUCACACGCCAAUUAAUCUUGAUUCUCUUUAGGACUUUUUUCAAUUAAUCUUGAUUCUCUUUAGGACUUUUUUCAAUGGCUGUUUCGAUGGUUCGUGAAGUCUCUACCUCAAUUUCUCGAUGUGUUUAUCAUGUAUUCUUGAGUUUUAGAGGUAUAGAUACGCGUAAGAACUUCGUAGAUCAUCUUUAUAUGGCAUUGGUGCAAGCAGGGAUUCAUACAUUUAGAGAUGAUGAGAAGAUCGAGAAAGGGAAGAAUAUAAAGGAUGAAAUUGAAAAGGUAAUUUUAUAUGAGUCAAAAAUUUCUAUUAUUGUCUUCUCAAAGAAUUAUGCUACGUCAACAUGGUGCCUUAACGAACUUGUAAAGAUACUGGAACAUAGAAAAUCCUCUCAACACAUUGUUUUGCCUAUUUUCUAUGAUGUCGAUCCAACCCAAGUCAAGAAGCAAACAGGGAGUUAUGCAGAAGCGUUUGCUAGGCAUGAAGAGAGCUUCAAAUCUGAUAUGGAUAUGGUACAAAGAUGGAGGGUUGCUUUAAAAGAAGUUGCAGAUUUAGGAGGCAUGGUUCUACAAGAUAGGCAUGAGUCACAAUUCAUUCAAGAUAUUGUUAAGCAGGUUAAAGAUAAACUUCAUCGCACUGCCUUAUAUGUCCCCCCUUAUUUAGUUGGGAUAGAUUCUCUUAUGACAUGCAUUAAUCGGUGGAUUGAAGAAGAUGGAUCACAUAACAUUGGGAUUGCAACAAUUUGGGGAAUUGGAGGGAUUGGGAAGACAACCAUUGCCAAAGUUGUUUACAAUCAAAACAUCCAAAGAUUUGAAGGUUAUAGUUUCCUUGCUUAUGUUAGAGAAACAACUCAAGAGUGUAAUGGCUUGGUUCGGUUGCAAAGACAACUUAUUUCAGAUAUCCUUAAGGGGAAAGUAAAAAAAAUCUACAAUGCAGAUGAUGGAAUUCUUAAGAUCAAAGAAGCUGUAUGUUGCAGAAGAGUUCUUAUUAUUUUUGAUGAUGUCGAUGAUUUGGAAAACAUAACUAAAAUAAUUGGAAUGCAAAUACCUUUUUUUCCGGGAAGUAAAAUCAUCCUAACUAGUAGGCAUCGACAUCUGCUAAGUGGUCCUUUUAUUACCAAGAUGUUUGAUUUGGAAGAAUCGUCUCGUUAUGGAAACUUAUGCAAAGUGUUUGAAGUAAAAGAAUUAGCUUUCAAUGAAUCACUUCAACUUUUUAACUGGCAUGCCUUUGGUCACAACUCUAUAACUGGGAGUUUUAUGGAGUAUGCAAGUAAUAUAGUCAACUACUGUGGUGGGCUUCCAUUAGCUCUUCAAGUUUUGGGUUCUUCUCUCUCUGGUAAAAGUAUAAGUGUAUGGAAAAGUGCAUUGGAGAAAUUGGAAACAAUCCCUGAUAGCAGGAUUCAAAAGAUUCUAAGAGUAAGCUAUGAUUCACUUCAAGACGAUCAUGAUAAAAAUUUAUUCCUUGACAUAGCUUGUUUAUUCAAUGGGAAGGAUAAAGAUUAUACAACUACAAUUCUAGAUGGUUGUGGUUUCUAUACAACAGUUGGAAUUGAAAAUCUCAUAAGCAGGUCCCUCUUAAUUGUUAAUGAAAAAAACAAGCUAAUGAUGCAUCAAAUGGUUAGAGAUAUGGGAAAGGAAAUUAUUCGCCAAGAAUCUCUUGAUCCUGGAAAACGAAGUAGAUUGUGGGACAAGGACGCACUCGAUGUAUUAACAGAAUUAAUUGGUUCCAAAACAAUUAAGUGUCUUAUUGUUGACCUACAAGGAUUGCUAGAACACAAGUCUAGAAGGACAACUGCAAAAAUUGAUGCAUUUGCAAAGAUGCAGAGACUGAAACUACUUCAGCUAGAUUAUGUAAAACUUAAAGGAGACUUCAAAGACUUCCCCAAAGGCUUAAUAUGGUUGCGAUGUCAUGGCUUUCCUCUACAAUCUCUUCCAACGGAUUUUGAUAUUAAGAGGCUUGUUGUUCUUGACAUGCGCAACAGUAGCCUAAAACAUAAAGCUAUAAAGGGAAGUGCAGUAGCCUAG